CUUGUUGUCUCGUCCGGUCAUCCUUACAUUAGAUAUUGACAUAUCCCCUAUAGUACAGGCUCCCGCAAUAUCCAGUAGGCAAGGACUUAACGAGUAGAAUUUGUCUGUCGACCGAGAAUGCUCUCAACAUCCCAUCUAUGAUUAGCAACAACAGCUUGCCAGCAAAACACAACCCACGUUGAAUUGGCGUCAUUUCACAUUUCAUUCUUAUCGCAACCAUAUAAUAGCGUCAAUGCACUAUCACUGGCGGCAGUCAUUAGCGCAUUCAGUAGGUUUGCAGCUUUGACAUUGUCCAACUUCACCACCUCAACCGCCCCCUACCGCUAUAUACCCUAUAAUACACAUGUCCGGUAUCGCCAGCUGCAGCCGCAGCAUACUCGACUCGCCUUCCGGCACCGCAUUCUUGGAUUUCUUGCGGACGUGGAAUGACGGUCACAUCGCGCAAUGGCUCACAGAUAUCAAGUGUGGCACACUUGUCGAGACAUUUAGAUAUCAUGAUAUUCGUGGUGACAUUUUGUUGGAGCUAGACCAGGACAUGCUUAAAGAGAUGGGCAUUGACAGCAUUGGAGACAGGCUGCGGAUUGUUAAUGGCGUGAGGAUUCUGAGGAACAGAUGUUCACAACCGGAUGCGAGUCAUUCGGUGUCUGCCAUCGUGCACACUGGAAUACGUCCCGUCAAAUCGACACGGAAGACCCUCAUAACGAACGGCACGUAUUACUCGCAUUCACGCUUCCCCUCAAUGGACGUGCCAACGAGUCCCUGGGACUCCUCAACAAAUCCCUGGGACUCCUCAACAAGUCCCAAGGACUCUCCAACAACGCCUCGCGCUUACAAGCGCAAUAGGCCUUCUCCAAUAUGGGUGCCGUCACCGGGCGCAAGACUCCUCGAUCUCCUUCAUAUCAUCCAAGAACCCCAAUCCGCCGACACCAUACGCAAUGCAACCGCCAUCUUUCCAUUCCCCCAAUCCGAUUCAUCCUCGCAGUGUACCACACCAAACAGUGACACAACCCCACGGCCAUCAUUUCCACCUCUUCCCCCCGAUUCUCCAACUCCACGCGCGAAACCACGCACUCUUCAACAACUUAUCAUCCCACUUAUACGCACACCCAGCCAAGAAGACGUAGUCGACCACGCCAACUCACCCCUCACACCAGUACCCAUAUCCGCAGUCUCCAGCAUGCUAACCAUUCCAUCCACCAACCCCGAGUCCAAUCGUUCUUCAUUCCCUUCUUUCGGCCUCCCUGCAAAUCUGCGAUCACCAUCCCCUUCCUUUGGCCUCCCUGCAAAUCCGCGAUCGCCACCACCCAACAUGAAACCUCCGAUGCGGUCACCAAGCCCAUUUGCAUCCAUAUCAGCGCCAUGCGCUGCCAACCCUGAUCACACCAGAAAUAUAUCGUCCAUUAGCGUCCCUUCUCCCUUUGUGCCUAUGCCCACAGAAGUAAACCUUGCUCCAAGGCCUUCGUCGACUGGAACGAGUCCGUGUCCGCAUGCGCUCACGCGAGAGCCUACGCCGCAUGGUCAGAAUAGUGCUGCACUUUUACCUGUCAUUGAGUCGCCUAACUUGCGACGCUCGGGGUCGUCUAACUUGCGACGCUCGGGAUCGUCAUCAAGAUCGCGGACGCACCCCGCAGCGUCGUUGAAGUCCUCCCCUUCUACUCGCAUCACCACGCCAUCCCUGCAUAACCUCCGUUGUAAACUGGUCAAAUUCAUUCUACCAGAAGAAGGGCAGUCUUAUGUCAUCGAUGUCGCAGACUGCGCAGACAGUAUUGAAGUAGUAGAGAAGGUCCUCCAGAAGGCUGAAAAGGCUGGCUUGCGGAGGAACGAUGUAUACAAUAUCACGAGGUCCGACGAGACGGCUAACGGCGGAUUUAGUGUGGAUGGAUGGUCUGUAUAUAUCGAAUCGGACGAGUCCAGCGACUCAGGGAACCCACUCUCUGAAGCAGAGCUAGAAGCAAUUUGCCAAUUUUCGUCGUACUACUCAGUCAAAUCACGCGGACUAACGCUGCGCAAAACAAAACGAUCCAAAGACCUCUACCGGAUAUUCGGCCAAACACCACCCCAGAGCAUCAUCAGCUCCACUUCCUCACUGAAUCUGUCCCAAGCCGAUGACGAAGCCGAUGUUGACAAGUCCCUCGCCGUAUAUGGCAGGGAUAUGAGUGAUUUGCAAAGCAAAAAGUCACGCGCCAUCAAAGGGGCAACCACAGUCAGCAUCCUCAGCGUACACGAAUCAGAGAAGCCCCAACGAAAUUCAUCUGUACAUCCCGUCAAUAAGCCCCCGAAGCUGCGCAAUUUACUCGGCCGUCAGCUGACAACGCACUUGACGGAGCACUUCCCGUUCAUGCGGAGGAAGGCACUGAAGAAUACGCGGCUGUUGUGUCCUUCGAGCACGAGUGGGGAAAAGAGCGGACCACCACCUCCCUCGCGGUUCAGUGCGAGUAGUACUCAUAGCUUAAAGCCGGUGCAGCGCUCGGGAAUCACGGGUAGCCUGACCGGGCUGUGGGGGUCUAUGAAACGCAGUUAACUUUGAUAAGUUGUAUACCAUCGAGUCAUGAGACCAUGUACUAAUGAUUAAUGUCUGCUAUUAUGUAUCACGUACGUUAUGUCCCUCAAUGCAUUAUGAAUAUUAUGCGUCACAAUUUCGGUGCGCUCCAAAGUCCC